GAAUCGUCACAGGAAGGAGCUCAAAGAGUUGAAUUCCAAAAUCCUGCGCUUCUUCAGGGCAGUUCUACAACAUCUUUAGCAUCAGUCUCAACAAGAAAACAAAGAAGUUUACGGAAAGAGAUGAGGGAAACAGUAUCAGAAUCGACACAGGAAUUAGCUCAAAGAGUUGAAUUUGGAAAUUCUGCGCUUCUUCAGGGCAGUUCUACAUCUUUAGCGUCAAUCUCAACAAGAAAACAAAGAAGUUUACGGAAAGAGAUGAGGGAAACAGCAGAAUCGACACAGGAAGGAGCUCAAAGAGUUGAAUUUGAAAAUCCUGCUCUUCUUCAGGGCAGUUCUACAACAUCUUUAGCAUCAGUCUCAACAAGAAAACAAGGAACCUCACAAAGAGAAAGGGGAGAACAAGUCUCAACAAGAAAACAGAAGAGAGAAGAAGUCUUGACAAGAAAACAGGAUGAUUUACAGAAAAAAUUGGAAGAAAAAGCACCAGUCUCAACAAGAGAACAGGGAGCUUUGCGGAGUGACAUAGAAAAACGAGUGAACUUUAACAGAAGCUAUACAACAUCUUUUUCAAAACGAAAACAAAGAAAUUUACUGAAAGAAGUGAUAGAACGAGAAUUUACCCAGGAAGAAAUAUUAGGAGUCAAAAGAGGUGAAGAAGAAAGUCACGUGCCCUUUAAUAGAAGCUACACAGCAUCUUCAUCAUUCUCAACAAGAAAACAAAGAAGUUCAUGGAAAGAAAUUGAAGAAACAGAAUUUACCCAUGAAGAAAUAUUAGAAGUCCAAAGAAGUGAAGAAAAAAGUGACGUUUGCAAAGACAUGAAGACUAAAGCGUUACCGGAUCAAGUUGAAGUUGAAACGUUUCAAACAAAAGGCUGUCAGUAUGAUUACGUCGAAAAUAUUACACACAGCACAAAAUCCAUGUCAUGUAGAUAUUUUGAUACUCCACACGAAGGUGUAGUUUUGGUUAUUGUAAACUACAGUUUUCCAAAUAAACCGCUUGAAAGAGGAAACGACAUUGAAGAAAUAAAACAGCUUUUUCCAAACCAUGGAUACGAAGUUCACAGCUUUACCGACUUAAAUAAAGGGGAUAUUCUGAGCAAAGUAAAGUUCUUUUCCGAAAAAGAAAAUCUAGGUAGCUUUGUUUGUUUUCUGAGCAGUCAUGGAAAUCAAACUUCUUUGGCAUGUCCUGAUGGAGGAGUUGUUAGAAUAAACGACAUAUUGCGUGCAGCAAAUACUGAACAACUAAAGGACAAGCCAAAAGUAUUUUUUAUCGAUGCUUGUCGUUCUAGUCUUAACCAAGAAAUAAAAGAAAGUGACUAUCCCGAACCACCAUCAACUGAAUAUUACGUUGGAUUUUCGUGUUUGGCAUCAAAAAUUAGCUUGGUUGGUAAAAAUAGUUGUGGAAUUUAUUUCCAAGCACUAAUUGAAGUUUUUAAAGAUGGUUUCUGCAGACCGCCAAAGGAAGUAUCAAAAACACGCGAUAUCAAUCACUUCAUGGCAAAGGUUCACCACAGAGUAAACAAGCAGAAGGACAAGCAGGGCAACAAUUAUCAAAUGCCUAUAUUUAGAUCCACGCUGAGUGGACCACUCUUUCUUCAAGGAGAUGGAAAUGUGCCUGAUACAUUACAUAAUAUCAGUAUCUAUUAGUUAAACCAUCUAUUUCAGUGACCAAGUACGGGUAUGUUUUUUUGUAAAUUGUGAAGGGAACUAUUGUAUUGUUAAAAGAUAUCAAAAUCCUGCGCGUGAAAGGAAAAGUUCUGACUCUUCAUUAUGCAGGAUUUUUAGACAGAUUUUGGGGCAAACUGCGACUGUUCUUUUCAGUUGAUAUUAGGGUACCUUUAUUGUAAAGCGUUUGUCUAAAAUGACGGUAACAAAAGACACACAACUAUCAAUCAAAUAGAUUAUAAUAGAUUUACCUUAGUUUGCAGGUUCUGCGAUCUAUCCAUGCAAAAAUCAUUCAUUUAUAGAUAAUUAUGGUCUAAUUUGAAGACGUUAAGUAGAUUUCCAUUUAAUUAUGUUCAACUGUAGCUAAAAUUGUAUUGUUCCAAACAAAGGUCAUCUCUAGAUUAACAUGUUUAAUUGUUUGUCUCAAGAGAGAUAUGCACACACAUAAUAAAGUAUCAUGAAGUAUUGUACUGAUAUUAUUGUAAUGAUUUGUUGUAUAACUUAAUUUGUUUCCAUGUAGACCGUUCAUGUGUUGUAUGAAAGUAAGAAAUGUACAGUUAAAGAGAGACUCUGAUUGUUGUGUCAAUAGAUAAGUUCUUCAAAGUUUUUCUUAAACUUUUCUGUGCCAAAAGAUCAAAGAUUUACCGCUGUGAUUUUUGAAUGUUAACCAUAAGGAUUCGUGCAAAAAAAUAUAUCAGAAAACGAAUCCAUCUAGUGCAUAUUUUCUUGUAAAAAGUCUCAACUUUUAUAUAGUUUUUCUCUUUUUCUUUUUUUUCUUUUUUUAUCAAUUUUCAUCAUCUGCUCUUUAAAAGACUGUCAAAAUACAUGAAAUUUUCACAUUGUACAAUUAUGAAGAAAGUUUUAUAUACGAAUGCUCGCUUUAAGAAAACAAUGGAGUUUGGAAGGGUGUUUAAUUAUUUUCUUUCUUUGUCUUGCAAUAUGAAAUCGGUUAUAUUUUUAGAAAUUUAGGUGUUUUUUUUUAAUUUUUAAAUUUUAAGUGCGGUUUAAAUACAACUACAAAAUAAACAUUAACAAAAAACUA